CCGCACAAUGGGGGCUUUGUUGGGCGCACAGGGCUCCUCUGUGCCGCGGCCGCCGCGCUCAGCCCCGCUCCCCCGCGCCUCCGCCGCGGCUCCGGGGCGGCAGAAAGCGCCGUCAGCUCGCGGGGAAAACGCCAGCCAGGGUUAAAGUUAGUGCUGACACCCCGCAGAGCGUGGGUAAUCAGCGGGAGAAGCGUCUCUGAGUGUGGCUGGCAGAUGGGAAAGUCCCCGAGAGGUCUUGAGCACCCGCGGUGGUAUCGGAAGGAGAAACUGUUAAAUUGGGGUGCAGGGAGUAUCUGGAGGAGGGAAGAGGCUCCAUGCCAGGCGUCCAUCUCGUUUCGGUGCACACCAUGGAUACCACCGGCCACAGCGUCCUCCUCCUCCAGCAGCUGAACAUGCAGCGGGAGUUUGGCUUUCUGUGUGACUGCACAGUUGCCAUUGGAGAUGUUUACUUCAAAGCCCACAGAGCGGUGCUCGCUGCUUUUUCAAACUAUUUUAAGAUGAUAUUUAUUCAUCAGACGAGUGAGUGCAUAAAAAUUCAGCCUACAGACAUCCAGCCUGACAUAUUUAGUUACUUGUUACAUAUCAUGUACACUGGGAAAGGGCCAAAGCAGACUGUCAGCCAGAGCCGGCUGGAGGAGGGCAUCCGCUUUCUGCACGCAGACCACCUGUCCCACAUCGCCAUCGAGAUGAACCAGGCCUUCUCCCCGGAGCCCGUCCAGUCCUCCAACCUGUAUGGGAUCCAGAUCUCCACGGCGCACAAGCUGGCCAAGGAGCGCCUGGGAGCGAAGGAGAGCCUGCCCAAGGCGGGCAGGUCUGCGGCGCAGGGCGAUCCCCCCCAGCUGCAGCUGUCCCUGGCCAUCGGCCUGGACGAGAGCCCCCUGGACCAGCAGCCCGCCCGCGCCCCGGCCCAGCCCGCGGCUCUGGCCAAGCCGCCCGAGGAGCGCCCGAAGCUCUCGGUUUCCAUAAAGCAGGAGCGGUGCGACUCGGAGCCCGUGGUGUCCCAGAGCUGCACCCCUCCUUCCCCGGGCGUGGCCAGCCCCAUCCUGGCCAAGGGCGGCCUCAAGGCGCACCUGUGCCACUACUGCGGGGAGCGCUUCGACUCGCGCGACGGGCUGCGGCAGCACCUGCACACCCACGUCUCGGGCUCGCUGCCCUUCGGCGUGCCGGCCUCCAUCCUGGAGAGCGGCGACCUGGGCGAGGUGCAGCCCCUGGCCGAGGACAGGGAGCCCGGGGACGGCCAUCGCCUCGGCGCCUUCCUCCUGAAGGAGGACGAGCAUCAGCUGGAGCAUCCGAGCUGCAGCGAGCUGGAGCCUCUGCAGAUCGGGCAGCUCUCCCUCAUCUCCAAGGACCACGAGCCGGUGGAGUUGAACUGUAACUUUUCUUUCUCGAGAAAGAGAAAGGUCAGCUGCACCGUGUGCGGCCGCGCGUUUUUCCGGAAGAGCCAGCUGCUGGAGCACAUGUACACGCACCGAGGGAAGCAGCACAAGUACGGCCGCUGCCAGCGGCUGGAGAGCCCCAGCACCCCCAGGUUUCACCCCUACUGUGACAGUGAGAGUGUGGGGAAGAGCUCCAGCUUGUCCCAGGAGCACUUGGAUGAAUGCAUCCUGGAGUCAGAUCUCAUCCAAGAAAGCGUCGAUACGAUCCUGGUAGAGUAAUUCUCCCCCUUCAGAUCUGAAACUGGAUGUUUUGGCAUUCUCCACCUAGGGAGUGGCUGCUCUGUGCAGCUGAUUUUCUUGAGCCACCAUUCCCCUCACUGCUGAGAUAACUGUGAAGGACUGUGUACUUUGACUUGUGUACUUGCUUUUUUUACUUCUCUAACUUUUAAACUCGAGUUAAUUCCCAUCUAAGUCCUUGGAAGCCUCCGUGUAACUCAGUUAUGCUUUUCCUGAAUGUGAACUUAUUCCUACUCUGCUUUACUGGAGUAAAGGCUGUAUUGCUGGGUGUGAGGUUUAAACAUUGUCUAGUACUCUGUGUGGUGCCUAGGACUGUUUGUAUCCCAUAGAAUUGCUCUUCUGAAACCAGAUGGAUGGAAGUGUAGAGGGAAAUAUUUACUGUGUUUCCCAAACAGUUUGUUUUUAAUGAAAAUAAAUAUCUCAAGGAGAUGAA